GCAACCAGCCCCGCCCACACCUUUGCAUUUCUCUAUAUAUGUCCCAUGUUUUCUCUACAAGACUUGUACAACAGGAAACAGCAUCUUCGAGACAGCACGCAGACAGGAAAACAAAGGAAGAAUCUCCACUGAAAUCUCACCUGAUUUUUUUCCAUUUUCAAAAAAGAAUGGGAUCUGCUGUAGUUCAGAUGGUAUGUGUGGCCCUCGGGGUCGUGGGCCUGAUUGGGAUUGUUGUAUGCUGUGCCGUCCCCCUCUGGAGAGUAUCGGCCUUCACAGGAUCCAACAUUGUGACAGCAGAGAGGAGUCAGGAGGGCCUGUGGACCACCUGUGUGGUGCAGAGUACUGGCCAGCAGCAGUGCAAGAACUUUGAAUCCCUGCUGGAUUUGGGCGCAGACCGGCAGGCUGCCAGAGCUCUGACCAUCAUCAGCGGCAUGCUCUGCUGCCUCAGCCUGCUCGUUCUUUUCUGCGGGUCCGACUUUACCACCUGUUUGGAAAACGAAGACGUCAAGCCCAAGAUCAGCCUGAUGGCCGGGGUGGGCAUGCUGCUGGCUGGCAUCCUCGUGAUCAUCCCUGUCAGCUGGUUUGCGCACAAUACCGUGAGGGACUUCUACACCCCCCUCCUGAGUUCUUCCCCAAGAAUGGAGCUGGGAGCGUGCAUCUUUGUGGGCUGGGCCUCAGGUGUGCUGCUCAUCAUAGCCGGAGGUCUGCUCUGCUGCUUCAGCAGGCCCAAGCAAGGCAGCUCAGGGGGAAAAGCCAAGUAUUACAGCAACAGCGCCUCAGCCCCAAACAAAAACUACGUGUAGUGGUGUUUUAAAAGGAACUGGUGUUUGAGAGAAAGGAGGGAAUGGUGAUCUAGUCGGACUGGAAGUGAUAAAAUAGACAACACCGGUUGAAUGUUUUUGGGGGAAAAAACAAAAAAAAUGUAAAUAUGAAAUUCACAUACUGCAGUUUGUACUUUCAUAUUCGUAGAGCUGCCGGUGAUGUAAAGCAUAAGCUAUGAAAGUAAAGGCUGUAAAUUCCAGAUUAAACAUUUUCGUAAAGUUUAAAUUUUUGGCUUUAAUUAUGUAUAAAAUAUAUUUAAUUUGUUGAGCAAUUAAAUGAUCAAAGGCCUUUUAGAUGGUUCAUAUUUUACAGUUUGAAUGUUUAAUCAAUGCUCUGCUUGUCUUUUUUCCUUGAUAUUUUUAUUAUCCCUUUUUUGAAAGUCUCUAACCAAACGCACCUCAGUGAACCUCAGGGAACAUCUGGUGCACGUGUUUCUCUCUUGAUAUGUUCUCAACGGUCCGCAGUAUAUUUCACAUAUAAUCAUGAGAUGUUUGUUUGUACUCAUUUUAUUUUGUUUCACAUUUUGUACGGUAAUGAGUAUAAAUGAUUAAAACUGGGUCUAAAUCAA